UAAUUAAUCUGCGCACAAGAAACUACCUCCGACACGAAACAUCUCUCAGUCUUGACUCUCCGAACUCCCACCGCGUAAUUCCCAACUAGGGUUUCUCGAUCUCUCCCAGAUACUCUCUUUCUCCACCAAAUGCUUCUUCCGUAGCGAUGAUUUCUACAUAGCUUCCGCUGAUUCCAACUCUCUAAGCGGCCUCCAUGGCAAUGGGACUUCCUCGUCUCGUUGCUACUGCUUUUACACUUACUCUAGUUUCAAUCUUUCUCCCUCUCCCGUUCUCUCUCGCUGGUGAGAUAACAUCAAUUGAAUCUGUUCCUGACCUUCAGAGGCUUAUGUAUGUUGCUGUUGAUGGUUAUCCUUGUGUGCGCCUCCUCAAUCUCUCUGGAGAGAUUGGCUGUUCCAAUCCUGGAUUGAGUAAGGUGGUGGCUCCAAUCAUUAAACUAAAGGAUGUUAAAGAUUUGGUUCAGCCACACACUGUUUUGGUCACACCUGAUGAGAUGGAAGAUUUUUUUACCAGGGUGUCAAAUGAUUUGAGUUUUGCUAGCAAAAUUGGUGGCGUUCUAAUUGAGUCAGGAUCUAGCUUUCAACAAAAGUUAAAAGGUCUUUCCCCUGAUAACAUGUUUCCUCAGGCGGAGUUUUCACCAUAUGGAAACGUUGAGUAUAAAUGGAAUCCAACGGCAUCAAGCAUUAUGUGGAAAGCUUAUAAUUUUCCUGUGUACUUGUUGUCAGAAAGUGGUAUGUCAGCUGUGCACGAGUUCCUUUCCAAGAAAGAGAGGAAGCAUAAAACUUAUACCAGUGACGUUGCUGAAUUCAGUAUGGUUAUGGAGACUACCAAAGCUGGUACACACAAUUCGGAGGCUUGUUUACAGGAAGGAACUUGCCUCCCAUUGGGCGGAUAUAGUGUUUGGUCCUCACUUCCACCAAUCAACGUUUCUUCUUCCAACAAUCGCAAACCAAUUGUGCUAACUGUGGCCUCCAUGGAUUCUGCAUCAUUUUUCCGUGACAAGAGCUUUGGUGCAGAUUCACCGAUAUCUGGACUGGUAGCUCUUCUGGGAGCAGUUGACGCUCUUUCUCGAGUUGAGGGUUUUAGUAAUCUCAAAAAGCAGCUUGUAUUUUUGGUUUUGACCGGAGAAACAUGGGGUUACCUUGGCAGCAGGAGGUUCUUACACGAACUAGAUCUCCAUUCAGAUGCUGUUGCAGGCCUUAGUGAUACCCUGAUUGAAACGGUGCUUGAAAUAGGAUCCGUAGGAAAAGGCUUGAGUGGAGGGAUCAAUACCUUCUUUGCUCAUAAAACCAGGGUUUCUUCUGCUACAAACAAGACACUGGAUGCUUUAAAGGUAGCUCAGGAUUCAUUUGCAUCAAAGAAUAUCAAGAUUCUUUCAGCUGAUAAGACAAACCCUGGAAUACCUCCAUCAUCCUUGAUGGCAUUCAUGAAAAAGAACCCUCAGACUUCAGCUGUUGUUCUUGAAGACUUUGAUACCAAGUUUGCGAACAAGUUCUACCAUAGUCACCUCGAUGAUUUGUGUAAGCAGUGCCACUCUCCUUUUAACUCCGAAACACCAUUGUGCAGUUUUCUGAUACUUUCUGGUAUUACUAUUGCAGCAAAUGUCAACUCCUCAUCUGUAGUAGCUGCUGCUUCUGUUGUGGCCCGUACGCUUUACAUCCUUGCAAGUGACAACAAAGAUACAAGCAGUUCAGCUCUGGGAUCUAUCCAAGUCAAUGCUUCUUUCGUUGAAGAGCUUCUAGCCUGUCUCCUAUCUUGUGAGCCGGGGUUAUCAUGCAACUUGGUCAAAGAUUACAUUUCACCGACGAACACUUGCCCAGGCAACUAUGCUGGCGUCAUGAGUGGAGAACCUUCCUCCAACCCUUACCUUGGUUCCGUCAGUGACGUUUCUAGAUUCCUAUGGAACUUUCUGGCUGAAAAAACAUCUGUCCAAAAGGGAAACACAACCUCGGUUUGUUCAAAAGGAAGCUGUAGCAGAACCGACCAAGUGUGUAUCAAAGCAGAGAGUAACAAGGAGGGAACAUGCGUGGUCUCCACGACCAGGUAUGUUCCAGCGUAUUCAACAAGAUUGAAGUAUGCAGAUGGCGCUUGGACUAUUCUGCCCCAAAACACAUCGGAUUCUAUGGGGAUGGUUGAUCCGGUCUGGACGGAGAGCAACUGGAACACUAUAGGCUUGCAAGUAUACACGGUCCAGCACUCAGCAUACGACAAUGCAGUCCUUGUAGCGGGUAUUACAGUCACAACACUGGCUUAUUUUGGAAUUAUGGUUGCCAAAUCGUUCAUCACAAAAGCUUUGAAGCAGGACUGAGACUUAUGAUUGUAGCUCCCAAAACUGUAUGGUGGUAGAAACCUUUUCUCACAAUUCACAACUAAAGUUAUAUUGAAAACACUUGUUCUUUUUGUUUUUAAAGAUAGUUCAUAUUAAAUUCUCACUA